AUGUCGCUACCUGAGGAGUUUCUAGUGGAGUGUUUCCUUUUGGGCCUACGACCCGAUAUCCUUGCAUCUUUUAAGGCCCAUAAACUUACUCAAUUGGAUCAGGUAAUUGAUUUGGCCCAUAUCCAUGAGCAACGCUUAAUUGCUAAGAAAGUGCCUGCUCGACCCGCUUUUUCAAGGACCCAACCUCGAUUACCCAUGCCUGGCCUCACUUCUUCUUCUCUGCCUGUUCAACCUCUACAGACCACUUUUUCCAGUACCGCCCGCUUACCGAUUAAACGCCUCACACUGACAGAAAUGUAUCACCAUCGAGAAUUGGGCUUGUUCUUUAACUAUGACGAAAAAUACUCAGUUACCCACCGUUGUAAGGCGGGGCUCCACCUACUGCUACUUGUUGAGGAAACUGACAAUGUUGUGGUAUUACCGGAACCAUUUGUUUCCGAUAAUGUCCUAGUUGAGGAACUCCAAUGCUUGGAGGUUCAAGAACAUUCCGCAAUUUCUUACCAUGCCUUGGCUGGCAGAACCUCACCUAAUUCGAUGUGCUUCGUGGGUCAUGUGAAUGGCUCUCCCGUUCAAGUGCUACUUGACGGCGGCAACACACAUAACUUCAUCCAGACUCGAGUCACUCAAUUCUUUCAGCUUCAAGUUGAGUCGACACCCUAUUUUUCUGUGGUGGUCGGUAGUGGUCAAUGUUUGCCUUAUGAGGGCGUUUGUAGACAGGUAUCCCUUACCAUUCAGGGCAGUACUCUCGCCUUGGACUUUCAUGUUUUGCCUCUACAUGGUUCAGAUUUAGUUUUGGGUGUAUCGUGGCUGGACACAUUAGGACCUGUGAUUACUAAUUAUAGGGCUCGUCUAUUUGAGUUCAACUAUAAAGGUCAACGCUACAGUUGGCGUGGCGAUCCUCCUAUAGAGCUCCAACCUGUUCAAUUGCAUAGUCUUUGCCGCAUGGCUGCCACGCACGCUAUUUCCUCUUUUUAUCGAUUGGAAUUGGUGACUGAUGCUCCCCUAGUUUCAGAUGCCCCACCACCGGAGAUAGCGGAAUUGUUGGACUCAUUUUCCCAGGUAUUUCAGAAACCGCACGGGUUACCACCUACUCGGCCGCUUGAUCAUGCAAUUCACUUAUUACCAGGGUCCAAACCGGUAAAUGUUAAACCGUAUCGCUACCCUUAUUUUCAAAAGAAUAUUAUGGAACAACUGGUGGGUGACAUUCUAAAAGAGGGAAUCAUUCGUCCGAGUACCAGUCCAUUUUUAUCCCCGGUUCUAUUAGUGCAAAAAAAGAAUGGGACAUGGAAUUUUUAUGUGGAUUAUCGUGCUUUGAAUGCAGUAACGGUUCAUGACAGAUUUCUUAUUCUGACCAGUGAUGAAUUAUUUGACGAAUUGCAUGGUGCCCAAUUUUUCUCCAAAUUAGACUUGCUUUCCGGCUACCACCAAAUCAGGGUCCGGCUUGAGGAUGUUGGGAAGACGGCAUUCCGUACUCAUGAGGGACAUUUCGAUUUCUAG